AUGCACCGCCAUGAUGCACCUCAGGCACCGCCACCGCUCGACAGCGACGACGCGUGCACCGAACUCUCACUCGAUUGCACCGAUGUUGACCGUCUCGUAGACGUCAACUACCUCGUCGAGCAGCAGCAGCAGACGAUUACGUCUUCCAGACGGAAGUGUCGACUCAGUUCCACCUUCGAGCAACACGACACGGCCCGCCCCGACCUUCUCAAGUGCCCACUGCAGUCACCUUCGACCCGUCACCACGCCAAGAAACUUGGCAAUCGAGACGACACUGAAGAGAACGAUGACGACGACGCCAAUGCGGUCGGUGCAGCCUAUACACGCCCACCUGAAGACCAGACGCAGCCUCGGAUUCCUCCAUCGUAUACGCUGUCAACCAUCCCAGUCUGCAGCUGUUAUCGAGCACGUCAUACUACGUCGUCCACCCCCGCCGCCACUCAAGUCUCUCCCACCGCCCACGACCUCCCAGCAGCACUGGACCCUCCCACCACCGAGUACGUGGACGCCCACAUUCGCUUCGCUCUGGUCGUGCGCGUCGCGAGCGUCGAGGCGGUCCAUGGCCAAGUCCUUUUCCGACUCAAAGUGUCGGACGCCGAGACGCAGAAGCGCUGGGAGCUCGUCAAGACGCUCGAAGACAUGACGCGCUUCAUUGCGCACAUCCAGCACAUCAGUCUCGUGGACGCCCCUGUGAAGCGAGCACUCUGGGGCACGUUCCGCGGCUUGCGGCGCUUCCGCCUGCCGAAAACGCUCUUUUCGUUCCGAGGCUCGUCGCUCAACGCUCAGCGUCGAGUGCUUUUUGACGCGUUCUUGCGUCAAACAGCUGCGCUGGUCGCGCCGGUGCCAUUGGGCCCGCGGAGGAGGAAAGCUGUGCUGUUGCUGCAGGAGUUUGUGGACGUGCGGCGUCAUUGCGACGGCUCGGAUCGGCGCCCAGACACGUGCAUUUGUCGCACGAAUGAUGUCCUGGCGUCGCACUUGGUGGCAAAACUUUUUGCAGCGUCGGAGCAUCAAGUGUCACGCGCGUGUGAGUCGUUCGUGCUCGCACUUACCCAGCGGUACCUUGACGAUAAACACGCGUUUCUGUCGAAAUUCAAGGCCCAAACACUGCUGGAUACAGUGGCUAGUAAGAUGGGCGAAAUCAAGCACGUGAUGCUGAAGGACGAGGUGCUGUUGGGUCAGCUCGCAGUUGCUCGACUUGAGCGCUCAGAGACGGACUAUUAUGAGUUUCUGGACGAGGUGAAGCAUGCCGUGUGUAGCUUUGUGCAGAAGCACGUGCUGGUGGCGCUGGAAGAUCAUGUCCACGAGGCGUUGAACACGCUUGCGGACUGCGACGAUGAGCUUGCGCUGAAAAACAAGAUCAAGACGCUGCAAACGAAGCCACAGUCGUUUUUUGGCGUGCCGUCACAUAUCGCAGCGGAAUCUGGCAGGGAUUGGGAGGAUGCACGCCGUGAGCUGCGCCGUGUGAACGAGUAUGCUCUACCUCUGGACAAGUUGAAGUGUUUGGCGCGUGCUGCUGGGGCUAUCUUCCAAACGUGUGGGUCGUCUCGCACGUCGUCUAUCGACACGAUGAGCAGCGUGUCUUCCAUUGAUGAGCUGGACAUGGUGUUGCGGCCGUCAAUGACCACGGACGAGUUCAUAUCGGUGCACUUGUUUGUGCUGGUCAUGAGCAACAUGUCGCAGCUGCUGAUCACGCGCGAGUUUUUGCGGGUGAUGUGCGACCCUCACGAUAUUAACGGGGAGCUUGGCUACUACCUCACCACGUUUGAAGUGGCAGUGAGUCUGCUUGUGAACCACUCGCACCCUCAGCAACCAAUGUUACCGUGA